GGCUCGCCUAUAUAAGCCUACUGUUUCAUGUCGCAUUGUUAUUUCGAACUUGUUCCCAAACAAACUGAACGGAAAUCGAUAACAGUACCAAAUAUAAUGAAGGUUUUACUCGUCAUAUUUUUCUUGUGGGUGCACGAAAACAAUUCUAUCCAAGCUCAAUCGAGUAGAAAAUUUUCUAUCAAAAUGCUGUCCUCAGCAGGGGAUCCAAACUCUACCGUAUUUCGUCACGCGGAGAGUCCAGUUUGGGAUGAGGAAACUCAGAGUCUGCUCUUCGUGGACGUCCACAGCCAAAACGUCCAUCGUUUCGACUACAUGUCCGGCAAAAUAUACACUAAACAUAUAGGCUACGGGCAAGUAAACGUAGUCGCGCUAAUCCGCAACUCCUCCCGCCAUCUCGUGGCGGUGCGGUCGGCGUUAUACCUGCUGGACUGGGGCGAGCGUGGCGACGCGUCGCUCCGCCUCCUCGCCACCGUGGACGAGGGUAAACCCGAUAAUGUCAUCAAUGAAGGCGCGGUAGACGCACGCGGACGGUUCUGGGCAGGCACCAAAGGCCCGCACAUAGGUCUCGAUGUGAUGCCGGACCAAGCAAUUCUGUUUAAGAUAGGCGAGGACACCUCAUACAGACCCGUGACAGAACUGAAGCCUGUCUCAAUAUCUAACGGCCUGACCUGGUCGCUGAAUAAUAGCCUGCUCUACUAUAUAGACUCGCCGACGAAGAAGAUUGAGGCUUUCGAUUAUGAUCUACAAGAUGGAAGUAUAAGUGGCAGGCGAACUAUCAUCGAUAUAUCGGAUCACGGCUACACGGGCGCGGCGAUCCCGGACGGCAUGACCAUCGACGCGGACGGUUAUUUUACAGUAUUUUCUGUGCUGCAUAUAGACCCGGAGCGUCGUAAGAUCGUCUACGCCUACAAGAUCCCCGCGUCCCGCGUGACGUCACUGUGCUGGGGGGGCGAGGCGCUUGACGAACUGUUCGUGACGACCUCCCGCACGGACGAGCCCGAUUCCGGCCGGAUAUACAACAUCCGGGGCACCGGACGACGGGGAAUACCCGCUAAACGGUUUAAAUUUAAUAAGGCUGAUGAUUAUUAGUUUGUUAGCUAGGUUAUAUUUGAAUGAUUUAUUUGAUGCAGACAAUAUUUUUGACGGAUCUGAU